AUGUUGCUGAAGCAUCUCAUCCAGGUUUGCUCGGAGGGGAAGGAAGCAAACACCUCGCUGGGGAUCAACCUGGACGGCAAGAGCAAGACGCCGGGAGAUAUUUGGAACGGAAGGCUAGAUGGCGACAAGGAGGAGGCUCGGGGAAAUCACGGCGUGGUCAAGCCCAGCCUUUUUCUUGUUCUUAUGCCGUUCUUAUGA